CCGAGUCCUCCCUCUCACACCAUUUUUCUGAGCCUAGCCCAAGCUAGACCAUUUCCAGGUGCCAAGAAGCAUGCAUCGACAUCUCACUGAAAAGCUGGCCAGAGGCAUUCUCUACGGAGCUAACAAAUUCAAAUCCACCAUUUCGAUUUCCUCUGCUACACCCUCGCCUUCGUUAACACCAAAAUCGGCUUUCUCAACUUUAAUGAGAGGGAAGGAUAGACACACAGCCGCAAGUCGGUUGUCGUCUAAACGCGCAUACUGCAGCCAUUCAUGUUCACGGCCUUUGAAACAUACGUCGUAUUGUCAUGACCGAGCGAAGAUGGAAUUAUGGAAGCGAGAUUUUCAUUCUAGCGGGGUGACACAACAUAUUGGGAUAGACAGACCUGAACCAGGAACUGGGAUAACUAUACACUUCAAGGACUCGAAAGGAAACCCGAUAGAAACCGUGGAAGCCAAUGAGGGAGACGAUCUACUGAGUAUCGCACAUGAGUACGAUAUUGACUUGGAAGGCGCAUGCGAACGCUCUGUAGCAUGUUCAACUUGCCAUGUCAUCCUCGAACCCGAAAUCUACGACAAGUUACCCGAACCAGAAGACGACGAGAAUGACAUGCUCGAUAUGGCGUUUGGAUUAACAGAUACAAGUCGGUUAGGAUGUCAAGUGUACAUGAAAAAAGAGUUGGAUGGGUUAACGGUCACACUGCCGAGUGCGACGAGAAAUAUGUUUGUUGAUGGAAAGAAACCCCGACAUUGAUGGACAGCCACUUUAGAACUAUAUCUUCGCUUUGUACAGAUAAUGUCACCACUAUAUCAGAUCACCCUGCUCCUCCCAUUCACCCAGCUUGAGGAUGACCGCGGACGAGAUGGCGUACAAAGAUUGCAUGGUUAUCCCGAGCUUCUCUCAAAGUAGCAAGGGGGGAAACAACAUACGUCCUCAUUAGCUGGCACUCCGACUAAGGAGAACAGGUCUGUUAUCGAAUGGUCCAAGUCAAUGAUAGCCGACAUGAACGACCUCGGACCAUGGAAGGAAGCGUUUGGGAGGCAAAGUAAUUGUCAUUCGGGUGUCC